AGCUCAGGCAGAAAUAAGUAGCUGAAGUGGGCUCACCGCACUUUGCAAUACUCAAUAAAUAUAAAAAUCAAAUUUUCUUAGCCAAAGUUAUUAACAAUUUUUGACUUGAGUGAUGAAUUUUUCUCAAUUAAAAAAUAGUUUUUUCUCUAUGCCAUUAUUUUCGCUCUCCAACUUAUUAAAAACAGGUUCUCCUUUUUUAUCUUUUGAGCGAGGUAUUGCCAAAGGUGUAACCCAAAACCGUCGUCAGAAGCGUAAACCUCCUGGUGUUAAAAGAUUAGAUGGAAAUUGUGUAAGGCGUGGUGAAAAAAUUGUAAAACAAUUCUUUCUAAACUUCCAUCCUGGAUUAAAUGUGGGUAUUGAUGAGAAAAACAACCUAUAUGCAAUGACAGAAGGUAGAGUUAUGAUGACGUGUGAAGAAAUUAAUCCUAUCUCAGAGACUCUGCAUGCACAAAAAUAUUAUUCGAACAAAGUGGCUCCAGUUAUAUACAAGAGGUUUUUUCAUGUUGUACCAUUUCCUCAGGGACAAAAGUUUAAAUUAACAGAUUUAGUUUAAAAUGUACAUUUUUAAUUGUUUUAGUUAAUAAAAGAUUAUUACGAUAACAUGCAAAGAAAUUAAUCUCAUAAACUGUAAGGAAAGGUGCUUCCUACAGUAUGCAAUUUUGGGUGAAUAAAUACAAAAUAAAUUGAUGACACUAUAA